CUCUCUCUAUAUAUACUGUAUACUGGAUGCAUACUGAAUAUUGGCAAAUUAAAGUUACUUAACAAUGGCUGCAAACCUGAUCAAAAUUCUCAAAUUCUGCACAUUUUCGAUAUUCGUUGCAUGUACUGCUGCCAUGGCUUCCCAAUUAUCAGCUUCUCCGGCGGCGGCGGCGGCGGCGGUCAGAGGCGCCUACUUUCCUUCAUGGGCUGAAGAUUUCGGCCCAUCUUCCAUUAACACAAAGCUCUUCACACACAUCUACUACGCAUUCAUCAAUCCGAGCAACGUCACUUUCAAAUUCGAAAUCGACCCGGCGGAAUCCCUCCGCCUCCUCAAUUUCACGUCAUCCCUCCGGGGAAACAAACCGCCGCCCAAAUCACUCUUCUCCGUCGGCGGAUCCGGCGAAGCUCGAAACGGUGUCGGUUUAUUCCGUGGCGGGAAACUACUGGGUUGGGUACGACGAUACGACGUCGGUUACUGUGAAAAUUGGGUACGCUCGUGGGCUUGGGCUUCGUGGUUACUUCUUUUGGGCUGUCAACGGCGAUUACAAGUGGAAAAUUUCGAAAAGAGCUUCGCACUUGUGGUCUCAUUGAAGAAUUAUUUGGUUAAUAAGUAGUCACUGAUAUCUUUGUACCACUUUCUGUGUGUUGUAUUUCAUUCAAUUUUUAUUUAUUUUCAAUGAGAUUUAGUUUCG